UUUAUCGUCUAUUUUACAAAUCAUGAACAUCAUAUUGAUGGACACUUAUUUGCAAUAAUUUAAUAUUAGAUCAAUUAUUUAUUGUAAAUUCUACUUUAAGCUGGUGUAACUCUGCUUUGGAACUCUACAAAAUCACUGAGGAUCGUUUGGCAUCAUGGGAACUGGCCCAUUUUGGAAGCUUCUGAUGGUUAUUUUUAUUCCGUGUAUAAACUGUCAAGGUUCAAGUGCUAUUAGACUUAGUAACGGCAAACAUACAGAUACGGGUCGUGUUGAAGUAUUUCACAAUGGAACAUGGGGUACCAUCUGUGAUGAUGGUAUAAACAUAAACUUUGCCAAAGUCGUCUGUGGACAGCUCGGAUAUGCUACGGACAAUGUGGCUGUACGUUUUAAAGCCUAUUACGGUGAAGGUGAUGGUCCGAUUUGGCUGGACGCUGUUACUUGUCAAGGAAACGAGACUGUGAUCGACAUGUGUAUGUUCAGUCCAUGGGGAGAGCACAACUGUGUUCAUGGAGAAGAUGUCGGAGUUACAUGUGGUUCAGGUCUUAUUAGACUACGAAACGGUAAAACGCAAUUUGAGGGUCGUGUUGAAAUACUUCACAAGGGAGCAUGGGGUACGAUCUGUGAUGAUGGAACAAGCAUAAACUUCGCCAAGGUCGUGUGUCGACAGCUUGGAUAUGAUACGGUCAAUGCAACGGUUCGUCCGAGUGCCUAUUUUGGUGCAGGCAGUGGCCAGAUUUGGCUGGACGAUGUUUCAUGUCAAGGAAACGAGCCUGAGGUCGACUUGUGUAGGUACAACUCAUUGGGACGACACGACUGCGGACAUAAUGAAGAUGUCGGAGUUACAUGUAGCUCAAGUGCUAUUAGACUAAGUAACGGCAGACAUACAAAAGUUGGUCGUGUUGAAGUAUUUCACAAUGGAACAUGGGGUACCAUCUGUGAUGAUAGUACAAACAUAAACUUUGCCAAAGUCGUCUGUCGACAGCUCGGAUAUGCUACGGACAAUGUUGCGGUACUUCCGGAUGCCUAUUACGGUGCAGGUACUGGCCCGAUUUGGCUGGACGAUGUUAUUUGUCAAGGAAACGAAAGUGUGAUCAACUUGUGUAUGUUCAGACCUUGGGGACAGCACAACUGUGGACAUGGAGAUGAUGUCGGAGUUGCAUGUAUAGCCUGCUCUGUACCGGACGUGACAGAUGCUUCUAAAGAUACUGGGGCAGCGAUUGUUUACCACACGACCGUUACGUACACAUGUGCAGGAGGCCACAGCCAUACUCAAGGCAAUUUAGUAAGAACAUGUCAAGCUGACGGCCAAUUAGAUGGUACUUUUCCAACUUGCACUCGAGAUUGUGGUACCGUACCAUCGGUGCCUAACAGCACAUACACAACUCCCACAAACACACUCCAAGGUGCACAUGUAACGUACUCGUGUAGUUCUGGAUAUUCGGCGACGGGUACAGAGACGAUUGUUUGUUUGACAAACGGUUGGACAACACGACCAGUAUGUCAUCGAGAUUGUGGCAUCGUACCAUCCGUGCCUUACAGCACGUAUAAAGCUCCCACAGACACACUCCUCGGUGCACGUGUAACGUACUCGUGUAAUAACGGGUAUACGGCGUCGGGUGUAGAGACCAUUGUAUGCUUCACAAGCGGUUGGGCAACACGACCAGUCUGUCAUCCAGUAAUCUGCUCUGUACCGGACGUAAAAGACGCUUCCAAAGAUUCUGGAGCAACAAUUGUUUACAACACGGCCGUAACGUACACAUGUGAUAGAGGCCACAUCCAUACUGAUGGCAAUUUAGUUAGGACUUGUCAAACUGACGGCCAAUUGGAUGGUUAUUCCCCAACUUGUACUCGAGAUUGUGGCACUGUACCAGCUGUUCCUAACAGCGCGUAUACAGUCCAAACAAACACACUCCUCGGUGCACGUGUAACGUACUCGUGUAAUUCUGGAUAUACGUCGUCGGGCGCAGUGACCAUUGCAUGUUUGACAAGCGGUUGGGCCACACGACCGGUCUGUUAUCCAAAUUGUGGCACCAUACCAUUGGUGCCUAACAGCACAUACACAACUCCCACAAACACACUCCUCGGUGCACAUGUAACGUACUCGUGUAAUUUUGGAUUUUCGGCGAGGGAUACAGAGACCAUUGUUUGUUUGACAAACGGUUGGACCACACGACCAGUAUGUCAUCCAGUAAUCUGCUCUGUACCGGACGUAACAGACGCUUCCAAAGGUUCGGGAGCAACAAUUAUUUACAACACGACCGUAACAUACACAUGCACUGGAGGCCACAUCCAUACUGAUGGCAAUUUAGUUCGGACAUGUCAAACUGACGGCCAAUUGGACGGUAAUUCCCCAACUUGUACUCGAGAUUGUGGCACUGUACCAGCGGUGCCUUACAGCACCUAUACAACCCCCACAAACACACUCCUCGGUGCACUUGUAACAUACUCGUGUAAUUCUGGAUAUAAGUCGUCGGGUGUAGAGACCAUUGUAUGCUUUACAAGCGGUUGGGCUACACGACCAGUCUGUCAUCCAGAUGUAGGCUAUGACUGUACGGAUACUACCUGUACUGACCCCAAUGCUGUUUGCGAUGAUGCCACUCUACUGUGUUCGUGUCCUACUGGGUACUUUGAUAGUAACGGAGCUGCUCUUGGUGGGACGUGUGAAUUCAAAUCUACUGAGGUAUCUUUGGUGUUAAUAGCUGUUCCGAUUGCAUCUGUGGUGGUUUUGAUUCUGGCUGUGACCACCGCUUGCUUCAUCAAGCAACGAAGAAAUAGACUGGAAGCUAACCAAGGAAAUAGUUACACCAGAAUCUCGGAAAGAAAUGCCAUAAGUCUGCAAACGAUCGACAAUCCAGCUUAUGUUUACACUGAAGGUACGCCGGUUGCCCAUGUUCCACAAACCAACAUUGACGCGGCUAUUAUCGCUCAAAACUAUACCGAUGAACAUGACUACGAUACAUUUCAAGACCUAAUCUACGAGAACACAGAAACCAAUGGUGAAGCAAUCUACGAGAACGCAUAAACUAAUGAUGAAGCAUGUUACGAGAACAUAGAAACAAACGUUGAAGCAUGUCAUAUUUAUGACGCGAUUUGAUUUCGUUCUGGUUAAAUUUUAAAUCGAUUUUUAAUGGGGGUCAAUGUGUAAAUAUAUUUUGCAAUGAUUAUUUUAUUUUAUUUUCAUUAUUGUUCAUAAUCAUUAUAAGUUUCACAUUGAAUGACCAUACAUAUUAUUUUAUGGAGACUUUAAAAUUAUGUUCAAAUAGUAUGUUCUUUAUAACUGUUUUACCCUCAAAGCUUGAACCAAUAUUUUAUUUGCAGUUUUUAAAGUUCACUCUUCUCUUGUAUAUGUUCAGUUCGUGAGAUAGAGAAAUGCUUUGUAAAGAUUAAGAGUAUCUGCACAUCGCUUAGAUGUAAAAUCCUCUAGAAGGCACAAACCAGAAUCAACACCACAUUGUUAUAGAAAAUGUAUUUCAGUUAAUGAACUUGAUGAUGAUAUUCAUUUUGUAUUAUAAUGUGAAUUAUAUGAAGAGUUGAGAAAUAUAUAAAAAUAUUAUUAUACUUGUCCAAGUUUAUUUCAACUGAUUGAAAUAUACUAACUAGAAAAUGUCAGUUUUAAUAGAAAUAUUGUUGUUUAUGUGCAAAAAGCAAUCAUAUGGAGGUAAUUUAUCAUGUAUUACUAACCCUAAAGGAUUGGUGUGAUGUUUGGGCUUCGUGAUUUGCUUAUGCGAUUUAUAUUGUUGCUAGAAUUUAUCUUGGAAUAUAUUUUAAUGCGAUUUAUAUUUUUGCUAGAAUUUAUCUUGGAAUAUGUUUUUAUGCGAAAUAUUUUGUUGCUAUGAUAUAUCUUGGAAUAUAUGUUCAUGUGAUUUAUACUGUAUACUCUAUUCCUAUAUCUUGGAAUAUGUUUGUCAUCAGCUCAAAUUUACUCUGAACUCCUUAAUUGAGGAGAUUUUACACCCCAAAGUAAAAACAUUAUCAUAGCAUUUAAUUUGAAUGUUAUAUAACUUUACUACUAAUAAUAAAAUUGCGUAAUUUUCGAAGGAUAUCUUGUUCCUGGUUUAAAUAAAAAUUGGAUUAAUUUUAUUAAAAGCAUUGAUAAAAAAUGACCUACAAAUUGAUAAACAAAUGCCGAUUUGCUUACUGCACAACUUGUGAAACGCAAAGCGCAAGAGACUUCAGUUUAGAGCUACAUCUAUAAUGGUUUGUACGUUAGUUUAAAGCUACUAUGGCUAUUGCCAGUAUCUAGCUACGAGACUAUUGCCUUUAUCUCGCUUAUGUGACAAUAACCAGUUUAUAUUAGCUGUGACUAUGCCUGUAUCUCGCUUAUGUGACAAUAACCAGUUUAUAUUAGCUGUGACUAUUGCCUGUAUCUCGCUACUGUGACAAUAACCAGUUUAUAUUUGCUGUGACUUUUGCCUGUAUCUCGCUUAUGUGACAAUAACCAGUUUAUAUUAGCUGUGACUAUUGCCUGUAUCUCGCUACUGUGACAAUAACCAGUUUAUAUUUGCUGUGACUAUUGCCUGUAUCUCGCUACUGUGACAAUAACCAGUUUAUAUUUGCUGUGACUAUUGCCUGUAUCUGGCUGCUGUGACAAUUACCAGUUUUAUUAACUGUGACUAUUGCCAGUUUCUCGAUACUGUGACUUUUGCCAAAUAUAUUUUCUGUUACUUUUGCCAGUAUCUUGCUGCUGUGACCAGUUUAUAUAUACUUUGACUAUUGCCCGUUUAUGGAUACUAGGACAAUUGCCAGUACGAUAUUAUGUGACUAUUGUCAGUAUCUCGCUACUGUGCCUAUUGCAAGUAUCUAACUACUAUGACUGUAUAUCGCUUUUUAGGCUAUUGCCAGUUUAUUACUACUGUAACCAUUGUCAGUUUAUCACUACAGUGACUAUUGCUAGUAUCUCGCUACUGUGACUAUUGCGAGGGGAGGCUGACCACGGAAAUACUUACAUAAAUGAACAAAUACCGAUAAAAAUGAAUACGAGACACUACAACACUCUCUAGAACACAGAAACUAACGGUGAACAAUGUAGUGUUUACGACAAGAUUUGAUUUCGUUGACCUUAAAAUGUAAAUCGAAUUUUUAUGGAGGACAGUAUGUAUGAAUAAAUUGGCUACGAUAAUGUCAUUUUAUUUUCAUAAUUGUUUGUAGUUAAAAUUCGUUUCACAUUUGAUUGCUUUACAUUGGUAUAUAAAUUUGUUGUUUUUUGGCUGUGUGAUUUGUUUAUGCGAUUUAUAUUGUACAUUGAUAAUAUUUUGGAUGUGUGUCACCAUUAAAUGUUUACUCAUGGGCAUUUCGCCUUGAUAAUUGUUUUAAUAAACUGUGGACCCUUUUAUUGAGAAGAAAAUACGCCCGAAAAAAACAGCGUGAACGAAUUUGCCAAAGCUUUUCA